GCUGUUCUACUCCUCGGGCACCACGGGGGAGAGCAAGGGGGGUCAUCCUCACGCACCGCAACUUCAUCGCGACCUCCACUAUGACCACAUCCGACCAAGAUCAGCGCGGGGAUGGCGCCAACGUGUGCCUCUGCUUCCUGCCCAUGUUCCACAUCUUCGGCCUCUCCGUCAUCACCUUCGCACAGCUGCAGCGCGGCAACACCGUCGUCGUCAUGUCCAGCUUCGCCAUGGACACCGUCAUGCGGGCCGUCCAGCGGUACCGCGUCACCCACCUCUUGUGCGUGCCGCCGGUGAUGAUCGCGCUCGCCAAGCAGGGGAUGAGCGGGAGGCACGAUCUCAGCUCGCUCAGGUUCAUCUUGUCUGCUGCCGCGCCGCUCGGCAAGGACGUCAUGGAGGUCGUGGCCAAAAACUUCCCAAACGCCGACAUUGUGCAGGGCUAUGGUAUGACCGAGACUUGUGGGAUGAUAUCAUUUGAAUUCCCAACAAAUGGGAAGGCUCGUCGAUUUGGGUCAACUGGAGCGCUUGCCAGUGGUGUUGAAGGAAAAGUUGUCGAUGUAGAGACACUAAGACAUCUGCCACCGAAUCAACUAGGAGAAAUUUGUGUACGGGGACCACAUAUAAUGCAAGGGUAUUUCAACAAUGUGCAAGCUACUGACUUCACAAUCAAGCAAGGGUGGUUGCAUACCGGUGAUCUUGGAUACUUUGACGAAGAAGGCCAGCUUUAUGUUGUUGAUAGACUUAAAGAGCUGAUUAAGUACAAAGGUUUCCAGAUUGCACCUGCUGAGCUUGAAGGAUUACUUUUGUCUCAUCCAGAGAUUCUAGAUGCUGUCGUUAUCCCGUUUCCUGAUACUGAAGCAGGCGAAGUUCCUAUCGCCUAUGUUGUGCGAUCACCUUCCAGUUCAUUGAUUGAAGUUGAUGUCCAGAAAUUUAUUGAAAGUCAGGUCGCAUACUACAAAAGGUUGAAGAGGGUUACCUUUGUGGAGAGCGUACCAAAGUCAGCUUCAGGCAAGAUUUUGAGAAGAGAGCUCAUCGCCCAAGUCAGAUCGGAACAAGCCAGAUCAUCCAAGCUAUAGCAAAUCUACUGCAUGAGCAAAUCUUGCUGCUAAAUUUAAAACUUCACAUAUGUGCAAUGUUAGGAGGUUUACAAAUUCCUGAAUCGCAGCUUUCACUUUUGUGCACCAUGUGUGAUGCAACACGAAUGUGAAUCUCAACAUUGUACAGAAGUUUGCUUGUGACAUUGUUCC